GUUGUGUAGCUGGGCGGUGUGUUGUGCAGUGUGUGCUGUGUUGCGGACCCAUGCAGUGUGUCCGUGUGCGCCCACUGUGUGUGCUGUGUGUGCCCUGCCCCGUCCCUACGCCCGGCUGCCCUGCGUGGCUGGCGCUUUGUCCUAUGCGGUGGCUGCUGGCACCGCGCCCGCGGCGAAGGAAAUCAAAGCUGGAAUCGACGCCCGCAUCUUCGCAGAUCAAAGGCCCGAAUUUACCUCGUGCUUCGCUUGAUCUUCAAACCCCCCGAAUCAAAGCGCCCCGGAGCCCCUGCCCGGGGACAGCAUCCUGCUGCCUGCAGACCAGGCAUGGCCUUCGCCCUCCUGGCCUCCGUGGCCCCCGUCUACGGGCUCUACACCUCCUUCUUCCCUGUCAUCCUUUACAUGCUCUUUGGCACCGGGCGCCACGUCUCUACUGGCACCUUUGCCGUGGUGAGCCUGAUGACGGGCUCCGUGGUGGAGCAGCUGGUGCCCUGGCCCCUGGAGCCCAACGCGACCAGCGCGGUGCUGGCCCGGGUGGAGGAGCGGCGCAUUGGCGUGGCAGCCGCCAUGGCCUUCCUCGUGGGGCUCCUCAUGCUGGUGAUGUUCGUGGUGCAGUUGGGCUUCCUGGCCACCUACCUCUCAGAGCCCAUUGUCAAGGCCUUCACCAAUGGGGCCGCGCUGCAUGUCCUGGUCUCCCAGCUGCCCAGCCUGUUGGGCCUGGCCCUGCCCCGCCCCACCGGCUCCUUCACCAUCUUCAAGACGCUGGCAUCGGUGGCGCGGGCGCUGCCCCGGACCAACGUGGCCGAGCUGCUCAUCUCUGUCCUGUGCCUGGCCCUGCUGGUGCCCAUCAAGGAAAUCAACAGCCGCUUCCGGAGCAAGCUGCGGACGCCCAUUCCAGGGGAGAUCGUGGUGGUGCUGGCGGCCACUGGCGUCUGCUUUGCCUCCUCCCUGGACACGCGCUACGACGUGCAGAUAGUCGGCCACCUGCCAGCUGGGUUCCCGCAGCCCCAGCUCCCGGCCCUGCAGUCGCUGCCCCAGGUGCUGGGGGACACGGUGGCCAUUGCUUUCGUGGCCUAUGCUGUCUCUGUGUCGCUGGCCAUGAUCUACGCCGAGAAGCACGGCUAUACCAUCAACCCCAACCAGGAGCUGCUGGCCCACGGUGUUUCCAACCUGGUCUCCUCCCUCUUCACCUGCUUCCCGAGCUCAGCCACCCUGGCGACCACCAACAUCCUGGAGAGCGCGGGGGGGCACACGCAGCUCGCUGGCUUCUUCUCCAGCGCGGUGGUCCUCAUGGUCCUCAUGUGGCUCGGACCCCUCUUCCGCUACCUGCCCAAGGCUGUCCUGGCCUGUAUCAAUGUCACCAGCCUGCGCCAGAUGGUCCUGCAGUUCUGGGACCUGCCCGAGCUCUGGAGGGUCAGCCGGAUUGACUUCGCUGUCUGGGUGGUCACCUGGCUGGCCGUGGUGGUGCUGAAUGUGGACGUGGGCCUGGCCGUUGGGGUCGUGUUCUCCAUGAUGACAGUCAUCUGCCGCACGCAGAGGGCCGAGUGCAUGGCGCUGGGCAAAGCGGCCGACACGGAAAUCUACCGGCCUGUCCAAUGCCACAGCAAGUGCUUUGAGAUCCCUGGCGUGAAGAUCAUGGCUUACCACGCCCCCAUCUACUACGGCAACCGUGACUUCUUCCGCGAGGCGCUGAGCCGGCAGCUGGGCCUGAGCCAGCCGAGGGGCGGCCGGGGGGAGAAGGCGCUGCGGGCCUUGGAGAGUGGGGCCCAAAUCAGCACCGUGGAAAACUGUGUCCCCAGCUCUGUGCCCGAUGGGGGAGCCGGAUGCCCCAGCUCAGGCGCCGCGGGCAGGACCCAGGCCGCCAUCCUCGACUGCAGCGGGAUUGUUUUCGUGGACUCCGCCGGGGCUCGGCUGCUCAUUCAGAUGUGCAUGGCGUGCCAGAAGGCCGGCAUCCACAUGAACCUGGCAGCAUGUAAUGGCGAGGUCCUGGAGACGCUGACCAGCAGCGGCCUGGGGCAGCACCUCUCCCCACAGCAGGUGUUUGUGACGGUCCAGGACGCCCUCGCAUCCAUUACGCAGACCACGGAAAAGGUGGUCGAGAAGAAUCCGGCGAUCUGGGUGUAGGGGACCCUGCCAAUGGACCGCGGGCACUGCCCGGACUGUAGGGCCCCCGGGACCAGACUGGCUCUUGGGCCGUAAAAGCAGGUUGAUCUCCAGGUGCUGUGAAUUCCUGCUCUGCCCACGGGGCCUCCCCGGGACCAGGGGCCAAGGAGUUGUUCGCAGACCACAGAGCCGGGGUGGGGCAGUUGCCUGCUCCCAGGAUGGAUGGAGCCUCCGGCCCCAGGUCUCCAGAGCGGACUGACCUACAGCGAGCGGCUCUCCUGGCUGGCGCCCAGGCAGGGGGGCAGGAGUGGCGCAGGGCAGAGGAGGCAGUCCAGGUGCCAGUGGAGGCAGCGGCCUGUCUGCCCCUGCAGGCCCCCCAAAGGAUGUGGGGUUCCUUCCUUUGCUAAGACAGUUAUGGGGGCUGGGCCCUCUACAGCUGGUAGGAGCACACCUGGGGCCACUGGCAGUCUGGUUGGGGGGGCUCUGUGCCUCAUCCCUCCCCCUCCCCAGGGGGGGGGGCCUCUCCAGCGCCAGGGGAAAGAAAGAUUCACCCCACCAGCUGCAAGGUGAUGGGGCCAGGAUGGGAGCUGGAAUUUAACCCCUCUCCCGAGACUCUCAGACAGGGUUUAAACCACAGAAAGGAACCAAAAUCCCUUUAUUUUAUUGUCCUCCCCCAAUUGUCUGUGCUGGGGGGGGUUCAACUCCCACAGCCCCCCACCCGGGGGGGGUGUUGCUGCUUUAGCUGCUGGUGUCACAGGAUGGCAUGGCAUUAGGGCAGGUGUCCCUGACCCCUUCACGCAGGGAAGGGACAGCAGGGAAUGUGCUUUAGCAGGCAGGGGCCUCCCCCCUGCAUCCAGCCCUCCUCCCCGCCCCCCCGGCA